CUUUCCAUAAGGAAGAAAAAGUUCCUUUUGGCUUGAAAAUUGUUGAAACAUUUUACCCUUUUCUUCGGGUUAUUCUCUCUUCCCACUUUCUCUCCUUUUCAAUAAAAAUUCAUGUUUUUCUCUCUCUUAGUCAUUCUGUUCUUGGAGGUGGAAUUUGAAGCUACCCUAUACAGUUGUUAUACUUUUGAGCUGUAGACAAGAAUCUUUUUUCAUUGCAGACAAGAAUCAACUGUUGGUACCUUACAGCUCACUUUAGUUAUAGAACAAACUCUAUUGUAGUUCGUAGUUCUGUUUAGUCUAAAGAAAGGAAAGAAGUGAACUUUCUUGAAAAAAAAUGGGGUUGUUUCCAUUUUCAAAAUCAUUUUGGGUGUUAUUUCUUCUAGCUUUGUUAUUGUUUUCCCCAACAGUGAGUGGGAUAGGUGCUAACUGGGGUACUCAGUCAACACAUCGUUUGCCUCCUGAAAUAGUAGUAAGAAUGCUAAAAGAUAAUGGGAUCCAAAAGGUUAAACUUUUUGAUGCUGAUUAUGACACACUUAAAGCUUUGGGAAAAUCAGGUCUUGAAGUUAUGGUUGGUAUUCCUAAUGAUAUGCUUUCAACCAUGGGUAGCUUGAAAGCUGCUGAGAAAUGGGUUUCUAAAAAUGUUUCUGUUCAUAUGAAUGAUAACAAUGUCAACAUCAGGUAUGUUGCAGUUGGAAAUGAACCUUACUUGACAACUUACAAUGGCACUUACCUUCGAACAACUCUUCCCGCAAUGCAAAAUAUCCAAACUGCACUCAUAAAAGCUGGCCUCGGUAGUCAAGUAAAGGUUACUUGUCCUCUCAAUGCAGAUGUUUAUGAGAGCUCCAACACUUUCCCAUCAGGUGGUGAUUUUCGAGCUGAGAUCCAUGGCUAUGUAAGCCAACUUGUCAAGUUCUUAAGCGACAAUGGUUGUCCUUUUACAAUCAAUAUCUAUCCAUUUAUAAGUCUUUAUAUUGACCCCAACUUCCCAGUUGAAUAUGCGUUCUUUGAUGGAAAUGCAACACCUCUAAAUGAUGGUGGAACAAUCUAUACCAACAUGUUUGAUGCAAAUCACGACACUCUUGUGUGGGCUUUACAGAAGAAUGGGUUUGGGAACGUGCCUAUAAUUAUUGGAGAAAUUGGUUGGCCCACUGAUGGUGACCGCAAUGCUAAUGCACAACUUGCACAGCGAUUCAACCAAGGAUUCAUGCAGCAUAUAUCCGGAGGAAAAGGCACCCCUAUGAGGCCUGGGCCUGUUGAUGCCUAUCUGUUUAGUUUGAUUGAUGAGGAUGCUAAGAGUAUCCAACCUGGAAAUUUUGAACGUCACUGGGGAAUACUUACGUAUGAUGGACUACCGAAAUACUCGCUAAAUCUUGGCACCACGAAUUCAGGGUCCUUAGUUCCAGCUAGAAAUGUGAAGUAUCUGGAGAGGAAGUGGUGUGUGUUAAAGCCGAAUGCUAAGCUUGAUGACCCCCAGAUUGCACCUAGCAUGAGCUAUGCUUGUGGACUUGCUGACUGCACGAGCCUUGGAUAUCAGACAUCUUGUGGAGGUUUGGAUGCACGAGGAAAUAUUUCAUAUGCAUUCAACAGCUACUACCAGAUAAACAAUCAGCUUGAUGAUGCUUGCAAGUUCUCUGGCCUCGCAACUGUCACAAAGUCAGAUCCAUCAACUGGUACUUGUCGAUUUGGGCUCAUGAUAGAACCAUACUAUGGAGGUGCUCAACAAAAAAAUGGCUAUACUAAGACGGCAUUGGCUCUCAUCCUGUUUCUGUGGACAAUUCUGUAACAAAUUCUCUUUUUCUGGCUAUUUAGUUCGAUUGUUGACCCUGCUAUGUAAUGUAGCAUCACCAAAUUAACAUAUUUUUUUUCUUACGGUUGACAGCAAACAUUGAUAUUCAUUCGGAACUUGGAUGGUUAAAUUAAUGUUUGCUUCUGAUGAGUUACAUGCAGGGAUGAAGACCUUGGUGUAAAAUGUUUUCAAGUACAUUUGAUUGGUGAGCGUAAAUUAUUCAUAAUAGAAUCUCUUCAUAAUAA